CCGGAGCAGCCGGUUACUCGCGUACCGGAGGCUACAGUCCCCCGCGGCGCGGCGGCAACUAGGGUUCAAGGCCGCCGUGGCAGAGGCGCCGCGGAAAAGAUGUGGGUUUUUGGUUACGGGUCCCUGAUCUGGAAGGUGGAUUUUCCCUAUCAGGACAAGCUGGUCGGAUACAUCACAAACUACAGCAGGCGUUUCUGGCAGGGCAGCACGGACCACCGCGGGGUCCCCGGCAAGCCUGGAAGAGUUGUGACUCUUGUUGAAGAUCCUGCGGGAUGUGUUUGGGGUGUUGCUUACAGACUGCCAGUAGGAAAGGAAGAAGAAGUAAAAGCAUACCUUGACUUCAGAGAGAAAGGAGGCUACAGAACCACAACAGUCAUUUUUUAUCCAAAAGAUACCACAACAAAACCAUUCAGUGUAUUGUUGUAUAUUGGAACAUGUGAUAAUCCUAACUAUCUUGGUCCUGCACCUCUGGAAGACAUUGCGGAACAAAUUUUUAAUGCAGCUGGUCCAAGUGGAAGAAAUACAGAGUAUCUUUUUGAACUUGCAAAUUCUAUUAGGAACCUUGUGCCAGAAGAAGCAGAUGAGCAUCUUUUCGCUUUGGAAAAAUUAGUAAAGGAACGUAUAGAGGGGAAACAGAAUCUCAAUUGCAUAUAAAGAACUAAUCAUUGACUUUUCUAAACAAGCAGAGCUUUUAGUCUUCAGAGAAUUAACUUCAGUGCGCAAUCGCAAUAUGAUUUGGAAAUACGUUUGAAGAUCCUAUUUUUAAUCUAGUCAGGAUAUUAUCUAAACUUAUAGUUUAAUUGGAAAUGUCCUGAAACACAUAUAUUCAAAAGAUUGGG